AUGGACUCGUUUGGCACCUCUGCCGACGCGAACGUUGGCGCGAACGCACAUCCGACGAUCGGGGCCCCAGCAACAGACGUGAGCGACAGCGGCGGACAUACUGAACCUCAGCAAUCCCCACCCGCCUCUUCCGCUACCUUCCGCUACAGCAACUUCACCUCCCAAACCAACAGAAUGCAGUUCUCCGUCCUCGUCAGCUUCGUCCUCGCUCUGGCCCAGAUCGGCGUCGCCAUGGGCAACCCAUCCCGCCUCCAGGCUCGCGAUGACUGCGACGUGACGGAUUGCAAACUCCAGAUCGAUUGCAACGAAUGCCCCGGAGUGCUCUCCGGCACUCGGUGGACCUGUGUCACUGAGGGCUCGCCGCUCGUAUUGAUCGGCGUGGCCAAGGUCGGAGAAUGUUUCCCGGACACCGUGUAG